AUGGCGCGGCCUGGGCUAUGGGUCAACUCGGAGCUCGCGCCGGAGGCCCUGCAGGCGCUGGAGCUCGCGGCAGGCGACCUCGUGCAGGUCGGGGUGCUGGGCGCCAGCUGGGCUUCGCAGGGCUCCGAGAUCGCCCGUGUCGUUGGGGGGUCGACGCUCGACCAGGAAGGCCUCCUCUUCGAGUUCGAGAGCUUGGGAACCCCAGACGCGUGCUUCGAGUGGUGCGCGCGGGCUCGCGGGGAGAACGGAGCUCGGCCCGAGGACGCCCUGCUGCACGUAUGCACCGUGCAGCCGAUGGCUUGUCGGGCGACGGGGCCUGCAGGGUGGGCGGUCGAGCACGUCAGCCUGAUCCGGCCGAUCAGCGAGGAGGAGGAGGCGCUCGAGCUGUUGCGAAGCUGGGGCUGCGAACAGCUUCCUGGGGCCAGCGGCGCGGAGGAGAGCGGCCAGCGGCCUGCCGGGCGGCCGGCCACGGCGGCGCCUGCGGUACCCAAGCCUGCGCGGCGGAGGGCGCUGCCAGUCUUGAGCCCGCGCGCAGAGAUCGGGCCGACCGACGACGAAGAAGGCAGCGAGGAGGUUUCGCACGUCCUCGAGGAGCAGCCGAGGCCGCCUGCCGGGCCUCGCCGCGCGCGGGAGCUGCUGCCGCUGCCUGGCCCGCUGGGCGCAGGACGUGCUCUUGCCGCCCUGCCGACGCCUCGCGGUCGCCGCGCCCCGCGAGAGGACGAGCAGCCUCGUUCGAGGAGCGGGGGGCGCGGCGGGGGCGACCCGCUGGACGAGGCCUCGGUGGGGCUGGAGCGUGGGUCUGCCGACGGCGGCAGGGCGGCCGAGCUGCUGCAGCGCCGGGGGGGGCCGGGCGCCGAGGGUCGCUUGGCCGGGCCCCAGGCCGCUCGCAGCAGCCAGGGCGCGCAGACGGUGCUGGCGGCGCGCGCCGCCGAGAGGGCUGCUGCGGGGGGGCCCUCGCGGGACCGCAUGGCGAGGAGUUCGUUCGAGCGGCAGCUGUGCGAGAGGUUGCCGGGGCGGAGGGCCCCGUCUGGCGACCGCGAGUCGGAUGGCGAGCAGGUCGGCGACUCAGAGCACGAGAUGGACGUGGAGUCGCGGGGCGCGAUGGUGCGCCACGACUACUUCGCCGCGUGGGCGCUGGAUGUGGUCAUGCAGGAGUUCAAGGCGCGGACCCUUGCCAUCAAGGAUGGGGGCUGGCACGCGGCGCAGUGGCUUGCCUUGGUGCCGAUGGAUGCCGAGCCAUGCGCUGCCUCGAGGCUGGCCGCGGCGCCGACGGCACCGCCGUCGAGCGAGGUCCGCCACGUGCGGGGCGAGUGCGAGGAGCCGGUGCGGCGCGUGAUGUUGGCGGAGGAGGCGGUGGCGCCCCGUCCCGGGGGCGAGCCGUCGUGCAAGGAGCUGACACGUCUGGAGUACAUCGUGAAGUUGGUCGACACCUGCCGCAGGGGCCCAGGGUCUUUCCAGGUGGUGGAGAAUCUGUUCAGGAGCGCCAGGGCGCUCGACCGCGAUAUCGAGCAGAUCUACAAGGGUUGCUGCGAAGGCCUUGAGUGGGUCAUCAUCUGCGGGCUCAACUUCGAGGCUGGGGGGCGGAAGGGCGGAUCUCCCGCGCCCUGGCCACGCGCGGCCAGCCUUGCCCAGCGGGCCGCCCUGGGCCUCAUCAGCGAGGCCGCACCCUACUUCUGCAGGGGGCCGCUCGCCGCGCUCGAGGAGCUUGAGUGGGGCAGGGUCGUGCAGGCGAAGGCCCUCGCCUACAGCGGACAGGAGGUCGAGCGAGGCUGCCCGCUAGUUCUAGGUGAGCUCCUCCCCGGGCUGCUUGCUGCAGGGCUUGCGGGAUCUGUCAGCGCCCUGGACCUUGCAGCUCCGCGCGUGCAGAAGUGGCUCCUCGACCCGACGACCCUGCUGAAGCCCCCUUCAGAGUGGCCGACGGAGGUGCCGAAGGCGUCAGUGCAGGUAGCGAGCGACGAGGAGUGGUACUGCAUGUGCGAGCACCCCGUCCGAGUAGGGAUCUUCGAGCCAUUCGAGGAGGAGGAGGCCAUCUUCAGCGUCGGCGGGGCACCAGUUCUUGCAGGGGCGUUUGCCGUCGUCAAGACGGGGACCCCCGCGACAGGCUUCUCGAAGGUCACGCGCCUGAUCAUCAACAUGGUGCCCCAGAACGCGUACCAGCGCAUCGUGGGUGCCUUCCACUUGUACUCGCUGCCGCCGCAGUGGCGAGGCUACAUGGCGGUGCGGAAGCAGAUGCCUGGCGCCCGAGUGGGCAGGCCCGACCUCAAGUGGGCCUGCAUGUCCGUUGCCGUGAUCCCGAUGGGGUGGUUAUCCGCGGUCGGCCUGUUCCAGCACCUCCAUCGCCGGCUGGGCAUCGGAGACGGGCCGCCCAGCGCCAGGUUCGCGGAGUCCAGCGAGUGGAGGCGUGACCGGCCGCUCCCGCUGUUCUCACGGGAGCAGCGGCAGGCUUGGGUGCAGUACUACCUGGAUGACUUCGACACGCCCGAGAUUGUGCCCGAGAGCGUUGCCACCAUGAUCGAGAACACGAUUGGAGAGUACCAGCUCAGGCAGCGAGAGGCCUACAGCAAGGCGGGGGUCCCAUGGGCGGACAAGAAGGCUGCAUGCCGGCAGAGGCGUUUGGUCCGCAUGGGGUCUCUCGUCGACGGCACCGCUGGGCGCGUGGGGGUCACCAUUGAGGACUUGCUGGACGUCGGGCGGAUGGCCCUGUGGCUCCUGGAGCAGACGUGGGUGACCCCGAAGGCGUGCCUUAUGGUCCUUGAGCGGCUGGCGAGGGUGUUCGAGUUCAGGAGGCCGCUGUUCGCCACUCUCAAUCAGGUCUGGGUCCUCCCUGGGCUCAGAGCGGCAACCGCUAGUGCGGGAAAGGCGCUCGUGAAGCCGUUCAAGCUGCCAGCUGAGGCGCGCGCUGAGCUGCUCUCAGCGGUGAGCCUCCUGCCGAUGGCCUACGCCGACAUGCGGGCAGCGCUCGACGCGGUCGUGCUGGCCACCGACGCGAGCGAGGAGGGCGGCGGCUUGUGCUACGCGACGGGCCUCGCCCAGCACGGUGCCCAGACUGCUGCCCAACCAGUCGGGGAGGAAGGCUUGGCCUUCACGCCGCGCGGCGCCAUGAGCUCCCGGAUGCCGCGGGCGCUGCUGCAGGACGGCGCUACCCUGCCGACCGUCGUGCUCUUUGACCUCUUCGGAGGGGUUGGGGCCUCCAUGGUGGCUUUGUCGAGGUGCCCGUGCCGCGUUGUCAUGUACGUGUCGUCGGAGAUUGACAAGGCGGCGAAGCGUUGCGUGCGGCAGAGGUGGCCAGGAGUGAUCGAGCUUGGCGACAUCACCAAGGUCACGUCAGAGGCCUGGGCUCAGCUGGGUCGCGUGGCGAGCGAGGUGGCCCCCCUCGCCGUCAUCGCGGCGGGGUCCCCGUGCACCGACCCGAGCGGGCUGAACGCCGCGGGGCAGGGGCUCUCCGGCAGCAAGAGCGGGCUGUUCUUCGGGCUGCCGUGGGCCUUCAAGGCGAUAGAGCAGGCGCGUGCUGGGGUGAUCGACAUCACUGACGAGGAGAAGUGCCUCAAGGUCAAGCUUCGCGUGUCGCCGUCUGACUUUCCUGCCUGGGCUGAGGGCGGCUGGGGCCUGCUCGAGCCCGAGCAUGCGCUGCCCACCUUCGCGAAGCUGCAGAAAAGGAAGUCACCUCCAGCCCCGGUGGUCGGGAUCAAGAGCGCGUCAGAGGCCGCGAUUGCGAGGUGGACGGAGGCUAGCUGCGUCUCACAGGUGUACAUUUUCGAGGACGAGGACCUGCUCUGGAACACCGGUCGUGCUGCCUGGCGGAUUCCCUCAGCUGGUGAGCGCGAGACUUUGAUGGGCUUCGACCGCGGGUGCACACGCGCGGCCGUGAAGGCGAAACAAGGUGCUCCGCCUAUCGUGCCUUGCUUGCAGACGGGGAUAGCCCCGGAAGCUUUGGGCCGCGCGCCCGAUUUCAAAGCGACCGAGAUACAGGACCAGGACCUUGAGCAGCAGCUGGUGCGUAAGAACAUGCGCAUUGCUAGCCGAGGAGGGACGGACGUGCGGCUCGACUUGCAGGCCCCUUUUCGAGCUAAGGCGUGGCCUAGAUCGGGGCUGCAGGCCAGUUUGUGGACGUGGUCGAUUGGGCGCGGCUACCCCUGGCGCGAGGACGGGCACAUUAAUGAGCUGGAGGUCGGAGCCGCGGUCAACGCCGUCAAGUGGAGGUGGCCGCUAGUGUCCUGGCCAAGGGCAGGAGCAGUGCGAGACGACUGGGGCUGGAUGCGAGGCCGCGCAGCCUACCUCCUCGCUGCUGGCUGCUACCCGAUGUACGCGUGCAUCGACGCGGGCGACAACCCAGCGGACGUCCCGAGUCGCUGGUUCGACGGCUGCCGCAGGCUGCCGGCGUUCUGGGCGGCGACCGGCAAGCGGCCCAGGCUCGUUCAAGAGGUUGAUGAGGGGGUUGCCGCUUACAUCGAGCACGUGUGGCGCACCAAUGGCUCGCUGCUGCAGGUGAACAACACCUUGGCGGCCGUUCCUUUUUUAACGCCGCGGAUGAGCGGCAAACUGAAGCUGAGCUGGAAGCCUCAGAAGGCGUGGUUGCGGCUGGAGCCCAACGUGCGCGCCCUGCUGCUGUCGCCGCUGUGUGCAGCCGCCAUCGCUGGCGCCUUCUGCUGGUGGGGGCACGGGCGGGCCGCCGCGAUGCUCCUGGCAGGAUAUGCGUGCAUCCUGAGGUCAGGCGAGAUGCUGCGCCUCAGGCGUCGAGACGUCCGAGUCUUCCGAGAGCGUGGAGUGGCGAUCUUGGCGCUGCGGAAGACAAAGACCAGCCGGCGAGGGGGGCGCUCGGAGCUGGCGGUCGUCCGUUCGCAGGCGGCGGUGCGCAUGCUAGUGAAGUAUGUGGCGCCGUUGGCGCCCGAUGAAUUUCUCCUCGGCUCGCCGCGCAGCGAGUUUGCCGCCUGUUCCGACAGGCUGUCGCUGCCCUCGGAGAUUGCCUUGUGCGACGACGCCUACGCCGACCAGGGCACGGGCAUCGUGUGCACGCUGGGCUCCGGGAAGGUCGGGGACGCCAUUUCCGCGGAGUUCGUGUGUUCGAGUGAUGCUUUCUAUGCGUGGUGGAUGGAGAAUGAGGUGAAGGACAAGAAGGGGGAGUACCACUUUUGCAGCACCUCGCGCGACAGGUGCAAGUUCAAGGGGAAGGACGUGGUCCACGUCGACGGGUUCUGGCUGCUCGAGGGCGCGGACAUGACGGCAGAGGCCAUCAAGUGGCUCAAGGGCCCAGGGGGACUCCGGGAACACCUGGAGAGGCACUCGGGGCCAGCGGGCGCUCCAGGGAAGGAGGAGAAGCGGCCCGCUGGCGAGCCAGCGCCGGCGGUGGCCGGGCAGCUUUUCGAGCCGCCUGGCGCUGGCGGCCCAAACGACCUCCAGAAGGACCUCCGGGAGCUCCGAGAAGCAGUCCGCGGGGCCACCGACAAGCGGGCUGGCCGGGACGCGGGCCGGCGUGGCAGCGACGGGGGCCGGCGCGAGCGGCGCGACGGGCCGGAGAGGGGCCGGUGCCGGGAGCAGCCCCGCAGCCAGGAGCGCCGCGACGGGCCGGAGAGGCACGGCCACAGCCGGCAGCGCCGCCGCAGCCGGGAGCGCCGGCGCAGCCAGUCCGCAAGGGGCCGCCGCUCGGCUGGCGCGGCGCGCGACGCCUUCGCCCCGCCGGCGGGCGGCCGCGCGGCGGGCUCACGCGACGAGGGCACCUCGGCGGAGCUGCCCCUGCCCGCGAGGGCGGCGCCUGACCGCCGAGCCCAGGAGCAAAGGGCUGAGCGCGACCGGCCAGACGACCGGCAGCAGCAGAGGGGGCCCGGUUCCAGCAGCGAUGCGUUGCUUCUACAGCAUCCUGAACCCCCGUCCAUGGGUCCGCGGUACUCUCGCGAGGCGAGGACGGUCUGUCGCGCCCUGGACUUGCUCGCGCAGCGGAAGUACGGGGAGUGCGCGGACCUCCUGGCACAGCGGCUGAAGGCGCUCGAGAGGGCGCUGGUGGACGGCCAUUUGGAUCGGGCCAUCUGGUGCGAACUCAUCGCGCCGGACUCGAUCGCGCUGAUGGACCGCGACGAGGACCGGAUGCUAGCGACGGAGCAGCAGCUCGAGCAGCGGCUCCGGCAGCGCCCGGCCUGGAUUCAGCCGAGCCACGACAAGGGCUCCGGCAAAGGCAAGGACAAGGACAAGGGCAAGGGCAAGAACAGGGCCACCUGCCUCGGCGCCCUGGCCGGCGAGCCCAGCAGCGCGGGGGCCGCCGAAGACCUGCGGCAGUGGCGCUGCGCCCUGCGGACGCGGUCGGUUGGGGAGCUGGCACUCCCGGCCUUGGGCCGGGUGCUCUGGGGCUCUGUCUGCCGCCUGCCGACCCCCUCGGGGGAGUUCGUCAGGGCCUCCUCUUCCAGCGCCAAGCCGGGCAGGCGGCGGAGGAGUCUGCUGCCGCUGCCCGUGGUGGUCUUUGCGCAGAGGGGUGGUUGCCACCCUUCCCGUCCAGGGCGCUGGUCCGAGGGACAUGCCUCCAGGCACCGCCUCGUCGGGCAUGCGCUGAAUUUCCCGGGCAGCCGCAUGGGCCAGAAGCCGGGGUUCACGAACCCUCCCCGCGAGGCGUCGCUGGUCCAGGAGAAAGCGAUGGACCGGCUGAGCCUAUGGCUGGAAUGGUUCUUGUCCGAGGACGACGAACCGCCCCCCCCUGUGCAGCAGGUCGUCCAGGAAGCGGGCCAGGCGCGCGUCCAAUGCGAUGGCCGCGCCGCCGGCAUCCGCCGCGACUUGGUUGCGGACUUGGUCUUCCCGACGUGGCCAGACGCGGGCGAGGUACACGGGAGUCAAGAGGAAUGGGAUAAAUUGGUCAAGGAGGGCCUGCGCCGAGGGCUCUUCCGAGAAGCUGCCCCGGCGGCUUUUGUUCGAGGGCGGGCCGGCCACCCAAUUUUCAGCGGAGGCAUGGGCGUUGACAAGGAGAAGGUGGACGACGGUGUGCCGCGUUCAUUUUUACGCUUCGUAUCCAUAUUGACUCCUUUGAAUGAGCACACGCGGCCAAUCCAGGGCGAUGUCGACUUCCUCCCAUUCAUUGCCCAGGCGAUGUUGGUGGUGCUCGAGGAGGAUGAGAGCGCGGUCGUGGACAGCGAGGACGCCUUCCGCGUCUUGCUCACGACGGUGCCGAUGGGUUGGUCUGGCGCCGUGGCCGUCGUCCAGGCGGUGGUACGCCGCCUCGUUUUUGGCGAGGCGGGGGUCGAUCUGGCUACCGAGGUGGCUAAAUCCAAGGCGUUCCCGAACGGCCCGAACUACUCCUUCGUGUAUUUGGACUCUUUCGAUUUCAUCCGAGUCCGGGUUAGGGCCCUGGCCGAGGCAAUGGCUGGGCAGGAGUCGCCGGAGCACCGGCGUUUCGUUGGGGUGUGCCGCUGCCUUGGUCUGCCGCUCAACAAGGCCAAGUCGCUCAUCGGUUCUUUCCAGGCGCUCCUGCAGGGCGGGGAGUUCGACGGGGCAGCCGGCAUCUGCGCCCACAGGCGCUGGCGCGGCCGCCAUUUGUUACGCUUAUCCUUGGGCAUUGCGGCCGCCGAGGUGGCCACGGAUGCCGCGCUUCGCCACUGGGCGGGCCUCGCGUGCUUCUGCGCGGGUUACCGCCGCCCGCUGUUCUCCAUCUUGCAGGACAUCUUCACAGUCAUCGACUCUCCGGGCCGUCAAGGGCCCGUUCAUGCCAGCGCCUUGGAGGAGCUGCUCCUUCUGAGCGCGCUCGUGCCGCUGGCCGGGGCCAAUCUGCGGGCGCAAAUGGGGCCCCACAUCAGCUGCUCUGAUGCUUCGCCACAUGGUGGCGGAGCCGCGGUCGCCGACAGCCUCGGAGCGCUCGGGGCUACCCCAGCCUUCGCGGAGGUCUCUGGCGACGCGGGCGCUUCUCUGUCUGAGGCCGUGCACCGUCGGGGUGUGUCAGUGCUCGCGCCGUUUGCUGGCGAUCUUGGUAUCGAAGGCGCCCGGGGCCAGUGCGCCCGCCUCCGCCGCCUUGCACUCCCUGGUGAACAUUGCUAUUGGGACCAUUUGGAGCCCAUCUGCGCCCUUUUGGAGCGCCAGGCCGGAGGGCUCGGCAGCGGCCCCCUGCGGAGCUCCCGCCGGCCCCUGGGGGCCGCAGGCGCAUCUGGCGACCAUCGCAGCCGCCUCCGGGCCUCGAACGAGCUCGCCGGCCUCGCCAUCCGGGCCUUGGAGGCACGGUUGGUGCGCCCAGGCUUCGCCGUGGUGUCCCACCCAGCAGCUGGCUCUGGAGAUUCCCCCGGGCAUUGGAUGCACAACUCGUUUGCGCUGCACCGUCGCGUUGCCGAGCGCCUGGGGCAGCAGGGCGAGGUGUGCGAGGACGAGCUGUGGGACAUCUACGCGGACGUCGUGGCGGCUGCAUGCCGGACGCACGGCGAAGCGUCGUGCCCGCAGGAGCCGGGGCAGCAGGCCUUGUGGCUCAGCGCCCAGCUCCGGGAGGCCACCGAACGGCUCGGCGACGCGCAGCUGAAUGAGGUCAUGGUUCAGGAGAUCAUGGAUUGGCUCUCUGCCAUGCAAGCCGGCGGCGAGGAGGGCCACCUCCGCGAUCUGGUGCGAGCGGCCGACCAUCGCGGUUCAGAUGUCCGGUUGUGGGCUUCGGAG